UGGGUCUGUCUCACACAGCAGAGUCCACUCUGCAGGUGAACCUGGUGUAUCAGCAGGUGGUGCAGGAUGCUCUGGAGCAGCUGGACACUCUGCUGCAGCAGAACCAGCAGCAGCAGAGGGAGCUGGUGGCUCAGAUGUCUGGCCCAAUCAAAGAGCAAACCAGGGAACAGGCCAACCCGUCCUCCUACCAACAUCCAGUGAAAAUGUACCUUGGCCGCUUCCUCAAGCCGUACUUCAAAGACAAACUGACUGGACUGGGUCCUCCAGCCAACCAGGAGACGAAGGAGAGGAACAGCAAGAUGUCGGCCUGUCAGGACUACAAGAAUCUGAAAAUGAAAAGAUGGAACGGCUGGCAGAAGACUCUGCUGAUCCACGCCGUGACCAGAGACCACCUGAGGAGGCUCACCCAGCCCAAACUGUCCAGGGUGGAUUAUCUGACUCAGAAGCUGUCUGCAGCCAAGCAGACAGACAGGUUGCAGCUCAGAGAGCAGAUAGACAGGCUGGAGAAAGACAUCGAUCUGCUCAAAGGAAAGACAGAGGAGGAGCUGAUUGGUGAUCGAUAUGAAGAUCAUGACUGGGACAAAAUCUCCAAUGUUGAUUUUGAAGGAACGAGGGAGGCCAGCGAUCUCCAUCUCUUCUGGCAGAACUUCCUCCAUCCCAGCAUCAACAAGAGCAGCUGGAGCCGUGAGGAGGUGCAGCAGCUGGGGGAGAUCAGCAGGAGGCACCAGGAGAGAGACUGGGAGGCCGUCGCCCAGGAGCUGGGGACCAACAGGACGGCCUUCAUGUGUCUGCAGACCUUUCAGCGUUUUGUGUCUCGCAGUCUGAGACACAGCAGCUGGAGUCCAGAGGAGGACACAGCGCUGAGGGAGCUGGUGGAGAGGAUGAGGAUCGGAAACUACAUCCCAUACACACAGAUGAGUUACUUCAUGGAGGGGCGCGGUCCUGACCAGCUGAUGUACAGGUGGUCUCAGGUUCUUGACCCCUCCCUCCGCAAAGGAGCCUGGUCCAAAGAGGAGGAUGAGCUGCUGCUGCAUGCUGUUUCUCGUCAUGGAGAGAAGAACUGGUGGAAGAUCAGGUUGGAAGUUCCUGGGCGCACUGACGGCGCCUGCAGAGACAGGUAUCUUGACUGUCUGAAGGCAGGGAUUAGAAAAGGACCGUUUGACCAGCAGGAGAGGAACCUGCUGCUGCUGCUGGUCAGGAAACACGGAGUGGGCCGCUGGGCGAAGAUCGCUGCUGAGAUUCCAAACCGCUUCGACGCUCAAUGUAUGAGAGAAUGGAGGAAGAUGACGAGAGGCGGUAAAAUUCCUACGAGAAGAAGGAAGGAAAGAGGAGGCGCAGGGGAGAAGCCGAGGCGCACGGCCACCCAGAACCAGACAAACAAGAAGAAGAGGAGCAGGAGGCAUCUGGAGCAGAGCAGUGAGGAAGAGGAGGGAGGGGAGCAGGUGGCUUACAUGGACUCUGAUGAAGAGAAGGAGAAGAAACCAAAGGUUUUAGUAGAGGUGGAGAGGAGGGAGGAGAAGGAGGAGGAGGAAAAAGAGGAGGAGAAGGAAAAAGAGGAGGAGGAGGGAGAAGAGGAGGAGGAGGAAAAAGAGGAGGAGGAGGAAAAAGAGGAGGAGGAAGAACAGUAUGUAUUUCCGCCCCUACAGGAGUGGGUUCCAGUAGGAAAUACCAUUUCUCUGGUACCACAGCUGGUGGCGUUGCCUUCCCCUGGCCACGCCCAUGACAGGAACUCUGUCCGCUCUACAGUUGUGGACCAAUCAGAGUUCAGGGUGGUUAUUGGUCCGACUCCCAGACUCCUGCCGGAGGGGCAGCGGUUCAGCGCCAACGCCAUGCUGAUGGUGACGCCCGGCCAGCUCCGAGCCGACAUGCUCCGUCAGGCCCGGAGGAUUAAGGACAAGCAGUUGACCAGCAGGAGGUUCCAGAAGAGUUCCUACAACAACUUGGUGUGCGAGUAUAAGCUAAUGGCCGCAGUGACUCCGUGGAUUGGCAACAUGAUGAUCCCGGCACAGACCAGAACCAGACAGACCACCAGGCAGACCGCAGCUGAUGCCCUUAGGCAGAGAGCGGAGAACAUCCAGCUGUCCUCCACUCCCAUCUUCCUGCUGCUCCUCCAGACAUUGAAUGUGGACAUGAUGGGAUGUAAGGAGGUCAUAGAGAAGAAAAAGAAGCACGGGAUGUCAUGGAGACCGCCUGUGCCCCCUUAUUCCAGUCCGUCCUUCUCUAAGGUCAUCAACCCGAAAACCAUGAAGGGGCUCCUACAGCAGAAGGCCAUGAAGGAAGAGAAAGCCAAACAUCUAGAUCAGCAACACCAAGUAAUCCUCCAGGAACUCCUGCAAAUACAGCAGCAACAGCAGCAAUGCAGACAGACACUGCAGCAACAGAAAGCUCAAGAACAGCAUCAGCUGCUACUUAAACAGGUUCACACAGCACCUCAGCAGCUAAUACUGCUACAGCAACAGCAACCCCUACCACAAACACAAAUACAGCUAUCUCUACAGCAUCUUCAGCAACCACCCAGGCAGCAGAACACAGGUCCUCACCUCCCUCAGGUGACUCCCAACAUGAAUCCUCAGAUGGCUCCUUUUACAUUACUUCAUCAGACUGUCCUCCCUUCACAUCCUGUUCUCAGACCUCAAACCCCAUAUAAACCUCAGCAACCUCAGACCCCAUCCCAGCAACCUCAAACCCCAUCCCAGCAACCUCAGAUCCCAUCUCAGCAACCUCAGACCCCAUCCCAGAAACCUCAAACCCCAUCCCAGCAACCUCAGACCCCAUCCCAGCAACCUCAGACCCCAUCUCAGACCCCAUCCCAGCAACCUCAGACCCCAUCCCAGCAACCUCAGACCCCAUCCCAGCAACCUCAGACCCCAUCCCAGCAACCUCAGGCCCCAUCCCAGCAACCUCAGGCCCCAUCCCAGCAACCUCAAACCCCAUCCCAGCAACCUCAGACCCCAUCCCAGCAACCUCAAACCCCAUCCCAGCAACCUCAGACCCAAUCCCAGCAACCUCAAACCCCAUCCCAGCAACCUCAAACCCCAUCCCAGCAACCUCAGACCCCAUCCCAGCAACCUCAAACCCAAUUCCAGCAGCUUCAACCCCCAUCCCAGCAACCUGCAACCCCAUCGCAGGAACCUCAGUUUAUAUGCAGGCAGUUGGUGCUUCCUGGUCCUCCCGCCUCUCAGGUUGCCUCCCAGGUUGCCCUUCUGUCCAAGGCUCCACCUCCUUCUCUUGCCACUCCUCUAGCUGGUCCUCCUCAGAAUAACCUUCCUGUCUCUGUAGUCCACCCAUCUGUCUUGCCCCUGAACAUCAUGCCUAGCUUAAGAUUGGCCCCACCCCCUUCCUGUAGCCCCAUUGUCAUUCCUGGUUUUGAGCUGGCCAAUCAGCACACUGUUCCUUUGGCCUUCAUCCACCCUGUUGCUGGUCCCAUUCCCUUUGACCCCAAACCCAGAUUGCCUGUCCCAACCCCCAGACAACCUGCCCCCACUCCCACACUACCUGACCCUGCCCCUGCCCCUACACUACCUGGCUCCCACCCUAGACCACCUGUCCCCACCCCACCACCACAUGACCCCACCCUCAGACAACCUGCCACCACCCUCAGUCGGCAUCAGCUCAGAGAGAGGAAGCGCAAGCAGAAAGACAGGCAGGAAAAUGUGUCUGUCAGUGAAAAUGGAAAACAUGUUGGCGGCGCUGGUGUGGAUGUCAGCAGGGCCGGUGAUAGUGUGGACCAGAAAGGAAGGAGGGUUCGGAAACCAAGUCAGAAGGCCAGAGCUCUGCAGGAAGCGUUGGAAACUAAGGCUGAAGCCAAGAAGAAAAAAGUGUCGCCGUCACCACAAAGGAAGCGAGCUCGUACACAGAUGGAUGACUCGGCACAGAGGCCCCGCCCCCCCACACAGCAGCUGUUUCCUGCUUCGUCCAUGUGGGUCAUGACGCCUGGCGGCCUGGUCCCACUGGCUGGAGUCACGCCCAUAUCUCCCCGGUCAGUCCAGACUCCCUCUCCUGCUGCUGCCUCAUCCUCUGUGGUGUAUCAGGCCCCUCCCCCUUCACCCCUUCCUGCUCCCACCCAGCCCCUGCCUCAGUGCCGCCCAGCCCUCCUGGCUCCUGCAGGUCUUGUCCUGACCCCUCGUCCCCAACAACUGCAGCGCCCAGCUAAGUUAUCGUUGGGUCCCUCCCCCUUGGGCGUUCGUCCCGCUCUGCCCCGCCCACACCUGCCUGUCAUCAUGCCAUACAAGGGCACCAUCAGACCCGACCCUGCAGUGCCCCCUCCCCUCAGGAGAGAGGCGUUAAAUUUUGACCCGUCACUGAUGUUCAAGGAGCCCAGAGAGGCGGUGCUUGAUUGGCUGAGCGGGCGCAAGGGGGUUGUGGUGGCCGGGUUGGACAUGGCUUUACCCUACCUGCCGCCGUUCGUCAGCAGCCUGAACACACUCAGUACCCUGCUCUGCACUAAGAAGGCGCUGACCAGAUCCGCCCUGCACAUCCUGCCGCAAAACGCCCAGCCCAAAUGCCCUGCGCCGAGUCAGGGGGCGCAGCCCAAACACCCUGCGCCGAGUCAGGGGGCGCAGCCCAAACACCCUGCGCCGAGUCAGGGGGCGCAGCCCAAGUGCCAUAGCCUCCUGGUCGCAGUCCCCAUCCCGGAACACGACUAUGUCCAGAGCCCCUGCCAGCUGUCACCUGACCCCAGCGGCCCAGAGGCUAAAGCUCCCAGCAGCAGCGAUGAGCCCCAGGAGCAGGAGGAGGAAGAGGAGCAGGGGGAGGAAGAGGAGCAGGGGGAGGAAGAGGAGCAGGGCGAGGAGGAGGAGCAGGGGGAGGAAGAGGAGCAGGAGGAGCAAGAGGAGCAGGAGGAGGAAGAGUGCGUGGCUUUGGUGCGGCAGCUGGUGGCGGAGCGUUUUGCCACUAACCCCGCCUACCAGCUGCUGAAGGCGCGCUUCCUGUCCUGCUUCACUGUCCCCGCCCUCCUGGCCACCAUCGAGCCAACCGGGAGGAGCUCUGAGCCCCGCCCAGCCGAAGAGGAGGAGGAGCAGGAGGAGGAGCAGGAGGAGGAUUUGAAGGGAAGAAGAAGUCACAGACGGAGGAGAGCUGAGGGGUCCUUGCUACAGUGCGAGGGGCCCGGAUCUCCAGCCAAUCACUACAGAGGAACCCUCGAGCGGGCGCCGCCCAGCCCGGCGCCGCUGCCCCGCCCCGGUGCUGCGGAGGCUUCGGGAUCCUCGCUGCGGCUGUGACAUCAUCGUGGCUCUGCUGGUUCCUGUUUUCUGGCCUUUUCCUCUGUUUUCUCUGUUUCCUGCUGAUUCGCUCAUCGGCUUCUGUCCAGCUGACUUGUUCUUGGUUUGUUUUUUAUUUAAAGAGGAAGUGAAGCCGCACCCACGAGCAAGAGGAAGAGACAACCUGAGGGUCACAAAACAUUAAAAAGAAUAACCUCAGAAAUUAUAAAAUAAUGAUAAUAAUAGUGAUAAUUAUAAUAAUAAUAGUAAUAAAAGAAAGAGAUGCUUCUGGAAGUUAAAAGUUGUCAGGAAUGCGGCGAGCUGCUCCGGCUCCUGGGCUUCACGGGGUUAAAGUCGCUGGGCGGCGUUGUCCACGUUCUGCUUGCUCUCUGGUUCCUCUUCAAACUGAGGACAGACGCUCCGCUGUUUGACGCUUUUGUAAUAAAGUUUAUUGGAAAUAAA